UCCAUUUCAGCCAUGGACCGUUCUUCUUGGUUCUCAUGAUUUGACGUAGUUGCUGUGUUGGGUUACUGAGCUGACUUGUUGAGGGCGAUGGUAGAUUCCACCAAUGAAGAGCUGAACAGCGCAGAGAGCCGGUCGUACCGGCUUGUCAUCUCCUUCAGGGAGGUCCUCAGUUCUUGGACCUGUCUCCGCAGGGCGGCGACAUCGUCUUGAUCGUCGUCUGACGUUUCGCGAGCCAUGUCCGACUCGCUAUCUUCUCGGGCGGGUUCCCGACUGGCUUCGGGACUUGAUGGAGCCUCGCUUUCGCUGUCCCCAAGGGGGUGAAUCUUCUUGGGCUCAGGAUCCAUCCGACCGUCUCGGACGCUUGACACCGAUCAUUCCCCUCUGUCACGAUCAAUUCGCCUGAAUGCAUUCAAUAGUGUCCAACAUGCGGCUAAAUUUAAGGUAAGGUAAUUGCAAAUUAAGGAAUGCAUUAUUUGCUCAAAUUAAUCCUGAAAAAGCAAAUGAAAUUUCGCUCCGGCCGCGAAGCCGCGAACACUACAAUUUGUUUCAGGGUCUAGUGACACACGGUCCAAGUGUUUCUUGACCAUCUCGUGAAGGACUUAUUUUUGUAGAGCUUGGACAGGAGUUCUUUGGAAAGUGCAUCCUUUUCUGAAUGCUUGAACUACCCUCUUAGUGUUUGCUAGUUUUCUCGCCAAAUCAUGCAUCGGGGUCUUUAUAAACAUUUAUGUGAGCGAAACUAAAGUUCUCAGCUUGGUGGUCAGUACAAUUUUUUCUGUCCUGUAUUGGUAUUUGAACUCCUUACUAGUCUUCUUUUUGAUAACGUUUUAACCAGAUGAGACUCAGUUCAUUCCAGGGAAGUGUACUCUUUUCAAGGGUGUCUAUCAAAUUCAACAAAAAACCAAUUCUGCCAUCAUUCUACCGCGAACUUUACGCACAAGCAAAAGAUACAUAGUAUGAUAUAUAACAAAAACUACUACCGGGUAAGGCUUCUCUGAACAUGUACACCUGUGGCAAGGAUAUACCUGUUGGUUGCCUCUUAUCGUACUCUGUUGCGCAUAUUCCUAAUUAUCUCCAUACAUUUUAUCGUUUGCUUAUAUCCUGUUUUGUUUCACGAUUCUACAUGGUUUUGGUAAAUACAAGGACGCAAAGUACAAAAGCUCCUCGCGAGAUACUUUCGGGCUCAGUCUUAGUGCUCCUUUCGGCUUGAACAAUCCUUAAAUUCGGGAGGUCCUUUUACAAGGAUUUGUUUCGGUUAAUUUUGUUCGAAGCAUAAAUGUAACGUUAAACGGCAAAUACUCAGAACGUGUAAAUUUAUAUACUUUCCAUAUCUUAUUGUGUCAAUCGAAAAUUUAAACAAGAUAAAUCCAGUGAUACCAAAAAGUGUGCUCAUUUCUACCCGGCAGUGAAGUGAUGAAUUGAAAUGGCCUCCUGAGGGGGCUGAAACCAGGAAUGGAAAAAAGUCAAAAGUUGCAAGUCAAUAAUAGAUAAAAGAUCCGACUCAAUUGAAUGAUAAUUUUACUAUUAUAAUAGAUUGAAUAAUGCCUACUAAUCUCAAGUUCGUGAUGUGGUUUAAAAUAUUUCCUAAUUAACUUGCUCCUAAUAUCAUACGUAAAUAAGCGCACAAAGUGAAAUCAGAAGUAUUAAAAGUAUCUUAGUGAGAAAAGUAGUGUUCUUAGUUAGUUAUGUGAAUAAAAUUUAAAUUUAUCCUUAAAAAUAAUUAAUGCUUAGUCCGAAGAUGCAGCGAGCUAUUCGGGUCAACGAGAGCCAGCUCCUUAUGCUUUCGGAACGGGCUCAAUAUGACCAUUCGCUAAUUAGUACACCUGAGAAUAACUGUGUGCCAACAUUAAAUAAACAGGCUUUAUCCUAUUUGCAGCACGGUUACUUGUACAAAAGGACAGCUGACAGUAAUAAGUGGCAACUUAGAUGGUUCAUCCUAUACCAGAAUUUACUUUUUUACUACGAAAAUGACACUUCCACUCGACCAUCGGGGAUAAUAUUUCUCGAAGGUUGUUUUUGUGAGAGAAUAGUUUCAGCCCCCUCAUGUAUAAAUGCUGUGAAAAAUGCUCAAGCUGCUGCUGAGGCUGCAGCAGCAGGAGCUGCAUCGACAACUGCAGCUUCAUCUGUUGCUACUGCUGCAGCUACCACAGGAUCUGGAACUACACUUGCUGCUGGAGCAACAACAUCUCUUCUUAGUUCGUCUACCGCAACCAGUACAGCCCCCGGGAAGGAGGGAGUCGCGCAACCUGUAAAACCUGUUAAGGAAGAAAAAUUACAGCAUUGUUUCUCUAUUUCAUUUCGAAAGGACAAUCUCAGACAAUAUGAAUUACGAGCUUCAUCGGAAUCAGAGUGUUCAUCGUGGAUCCUUGCCAUCCGGGAUGCCAGUUUCAACAAAUUGUUGCUGCAAAAGGAGGAGUUGGAGCAGAAACAUGUCCACCUUCUGCAGGUGGUGGAGAGUGAGAAAACAGCAAAAUGGCAAUAUACGCAACAUUGUGAGGAGCUAGCACUGGAAAUCAAAAAACUGCGAAUGGAGAUUUGUGCGCUCCGAAAGGAAUGUCGUCCUUCCAUGUCCAGUACGCCCGGGAGAAGAGAAAGUUUUGCUGUUCCUUUUGAUACGCCAAUUGAUCCUGCCAACUUGACUGGUCUUUGUUCACAAGUUCAGGAUUCAGUGGAACUAAGGAAAAUCAAAAAGGUCCAAAGCUUUUUUCGUGGAUGGCUCUGUCGACGUCGGUGGAAACAAAUUGUCGAGGAAUAUAUUAAAUCCCCUCAUGCUGAAAGCAUGCGAAAACGUAAUCAUCUGGUUUUCAGCAUGGUGGAAGCGGAAGAGGAGUACAUGGAACAGCUUGAGGUGCUAGUGUCCUGUUUCCUGAGACCAUUUCGGAUGGCGGCAAGCUCAAAAAGACCUCCAUGCACCCACGAAGAUGUCAAUUCCAUAUUUCUAAAUUCUGAAACCGUCUUAUUCUUGCAUCAGAUCUUCUUGAAAGGAUUAACAUCGCGAUUGGAGUCCUGGCCAACUUUAGUUUUAGGUGAUUUAUUCGACAUGCUUUUGCCGAUGUUAAGUAUUUAUCAGGAGUACGUAAGGAACCACCACUACAGCCUUCAAGUGUUGACUGAGUGCAAGAAUAAUAAUAACUUCGCCACGGUCCUGAAGCGCCUCGAGGCCAAGCCAGCGUGCCAGGGCCGUAGCUUGGAAACAUUCCUAACAUAUCCAAUGCAUCAAAUCCCAAGAUACAUAAUAACAUUGCACGAGCUCCUUGCCCACACUCCCCAUGACCAUGUGGAACGUAAAAGCCUGCAGAAUGCCAGACAACAGCUCGAGGACUUGUCCCGACAAAUGCAUGACGAAGUCUCCGAAACGGAAAAUCUAAGGAAGAACUUAGCAGUUGAACGAAUGAUUGUGGAAGGCUGUGACAUACUCUUAGAUGUAAACCAAGUAUUCGUUCGUCAAGGAAGUUUAGUUCAGGUACCUCCUGGAAAAGGACGAAUUCGAAGCCGACUGGCUUCGUUUAAAAGCGAGCGGGACUACAUACGGCAAUGCUUCCUAUUUUCCAACCAUUUAAUCAUCGCGACUAGGACGUCUGGUGGAAGACUUCACUUAUUGCCCGAUGUAGGGAAGAUACCACUGGCGGAUGCAAGUUUAGUGGAAGACCCAAGCGACUCUGAAAAGGAAGACGAUACCAUUUCAGUUAGCACAGAAGCAUCAUCGCGAACCCAUAAGACAUCGAGUUGUCUUAGCGCAGCAGAUGCUGCCAGCGCACCCAGAGAUUUUAAAUUGACCGUUGAUACUAAAACAGGACAACGUCACACAAUCCAUCUCGCAGCAGCCACUGCUCAGGAGAGAGAGGCAUGGAUAUCCGAUAUAUCCCAGUGCCUUGACAAUAUCCACAUGAGCAUUCUAUCGCCUGGGCUGCUCGGGUCCAGCGGAGGCUCGUUAGCUCACCAUCAUGCUCUCAGGACGGAUCCGAAACUCUUUAAGGAUGAUGUAGAUAUUCGCUUCUCUAGAACGCUUAACUCCUGUAAACUUCCGCAAGUCCGCUAUGCUACACCUGAAAGGCUUUUAGAACGGCUUACAGAUCUUCGAUUUCUUUCUAUCGAUUUUCUAAACACGUUUCUUCUUACCUAUCGAGUUUUCACGGACGGUGAGACAGUUUUGAAUGCUCUGAAGAAGGUUUUCUAUGAUCCACCCAUGGAUGACAUGCAAUGCGACGGAGAACAUCAGACAGAUCUACUCUAUAUACCUGGCUCGUUUGACGGAGGAUUUUCCCCACGACGCACAUCAGGUGCGAGCUCUGUAUCAGGUUACUGUUCCGAAGGAGCUGAUCGCGACCGAUCAUUUAGUACGGAUUCGUCUUUCAUGAGAUACAAAUCAUUGCGUAAAGUUGGACAGCAACAGUCAACAACGGAAGAUAACUUAGAGUGGAUCCCGGAACAAACAGGUCCUGUUGUGGUGCAAAGCAGUACUGAACAAAGUACGGCCACAAUUGAUACGGUCACUUCCAUUACAGAAAGUAGCUCCAAAGCUGAUGAAUCAUACCUCUCAGUGCCUACGACUAUCGCUGCUUCCAGCAGUUCAGACACAUUAACAGAGACAACACUAAGCGGUCCUUCGUCACCCUCAAAUCUUAGCUCCGUUACUCUCGUUGGUUCAACAGGAUCUGGUAGCCAAGAUAAAGUCGACACUCCAACCAACGAGGAGCCGAAACAUUUCAAGUACGCUCGAGCUCCGACGAGUCCUCUUCCGGAGAGACUCAAUCCAAAACGUAAGGCAACCGAAAAAGAGGGAGUCACACCAUUACCAGUAACGUCAACAACAACAACACCACUUCCAAUAAUAAGUGGUAAAACGACUGCUCCCCAAAUCAUGUCACCACCUCUGCCCACUGUUACGACAACGCCAUGUGAAAGUCACACGGCACCAGCCCCGACACCCCCUAAACGUGAUGUUAUCAGUCCGCCAGCGACAUCUAGUAAAUUCCCCACUGCCUCGAUUUCACCCCCAAAAGUGAGUCUCUUGAUGGAUCGUCGGCCGAGUGUCGGGGCAAAUGUUAUUCCUCAUGCUGCACUCAUCCAGCAUCGUCACAGCUUGCAAAUGAAUGGAGAGGGGGGUAUCUGCAAGAACUUAACCGACAAGGGAAGUCCCCGCCUCACACACAGAACCAUUAAAACACCGGAAAAGCAGAAAAAGAACUCAUUUUGCUCUCCACAACGUGAACCACCCAGACGUUUUUCGGAGAGUGACGACGAGAUGGCUUCGUCAAUUUACACCACUCCCAGAGGUUCGCUGGGUGGAACGUCGCUCGGUACAAUAUCCUCGAGGGCGUCAAUGCAACAUGAUCCAAUUAUGCACUGUUCGAGUAAAGUUGGAGUCGUUAUCACUUCCUAUAGACAAUCACACCGCAGCUUGGAGUCGGACCCACUAUGGAGCAGUACAACAACUGCGGCGGCAGCCUUUGCAAUCGCUACUUCAGCUUCCAGCAAUCCUCGAGAUGAGCCCCCCGAGGUGGAAGCUAGGAACCGAAAAGACUCCGUCGUUAGUUCACCUGCAACCAUGCGAGUGCUAAAUGUUUUAAGACAUUGGAUUUCAAAACAUUUUCAAGACUUUGAACAGGAUGCAGUUCUGCGUUCACAGGCAAUUGCAUUUCUCGACGAUAUCACUUGCAGUCCGAACCUAUUGCCAUCCGAACAUAGAUCUGCAUCUCAGCUCCUGCGUUUGCUUUGUCGAGACGAUCUGAACACGAGCAUAUUGAAACUAGACGUGCUGUUGACACCACCUCUAGUACCGAGCAAGGAAAGUAUCGAGACUCUUUCUGCAUUGGAAAUAGCUGAACAAAUGACGUAUUUAGACCACCAAAUUUUUCUCGCAAUUAGAAGCGACGAAUUUUUGGGUCAAGCUUGGAUGAAGGCUGACAAAAAGGAAAAGGCAGAACAUAUCAUUCUGAUGACGAAACGAUUCAAUGACGGAUCACGUUUGGUUUCAUCAGAAAUCAUAUCAAGGCAAAACAUGGCAGCACGCGUUGCGGCUAUUGAAAAAUGGACAGCGGUUGCCGAUAUUUGUAGAUGUUUACAUAAUUUUAAUGGAGUUUUACAAAUAUGUGCGGCUUUCACCAACGCCGCCGUUUAUCGACUGAAAAAGACUUGGGACAAAGUGCCGAAAACAAUUAAGCAGACAAUCACAAAGCUACAAGCGGUCGUAUGCUCCGAUGGACGUUUUAGAUCCAUGAGAGAAGCUCUCCAUCGAUCCGAUCCUCCAUGUAUUCCAUACCUAGGAAUGUAUCUUACGGACUUAUCCUUUAUUGAGGAAGGAACACCUGACUUCACCCCAGAUGGUUUGUUGAAUUUUUCAAAGAUGAGAAUGAUUGCUCAUGUGAUUCGUGAAAUUCGACACUUUCAACAAACACCCUAUAAAAUCGACCAUAUACCUAAGGUUUCAGCCUAUCUUCUGGACACAUCAUUACUCCUGGACGAUGACGAGCUCUACCGCCGCUCACUCCAAAUUGAACCCCGCAGUUCGCGAUUGAGUGCGCCUAAUACUGCGGCUGUCUAGUCCACCGUUCGACAAUCCUUCUUUCGAAGAGCAUCACAAUGGCGACUAUAACCUUAAGCUCUUCCAGCUAUGAACACUAUAAAACCAGACGAUGACACUUUCAAAAAUCCAUAGAAGGUAACAUUUUUGACUUCUUGAACUAGCCCUGCUAUGACGUAAUUUUGCUGAUGUUAGUUUUUUACGCGCGAAAUAAAAUCAAAUCAAUCAAAGGACUUUUCUCACUAGCACGGAUAAUAGAUACUUCUUGAGAUAUAUUGAAAUUUAAUUGUUAAGGAAUUUAUUCUUUUAAAAUUUUAUGAGGUAGAAGGGGAGUUUUUGGAGGACCUGAACCUUUGCCGUCUUGUUGUAAAAAUUGGAAUUGGAACUCAGUAUUUGAGGACACUAUACCGCGUUUAGUAUAAUAGAUAUAUUUAUGUAUGUUUUCGCUGCUAUUACAUAUCACAGUGAUUGUAUAAAUCAUAGAACUGUUUUUUAGAAUAUUG